GGCACGACGGCGACGCCGAGUGAGCUCACUCAUCACUGGUGGACGCUGGUCAAUGCGCCGAACGUAGGCAGUUUGCACUGUUUGCAGCCGUUUCCAUCGUCAUGAGAGUACACCUAACCUAUAGGUUUUUUUUGUGUACAUUCACGCUGACCGCUGUCAAGCAGCGUUUCGUCUGAUUUGACCAACGAAUUUAGAGAAAUCGGAUCAGGAUGAACAUCCCGCCGAUUCAGCAGCCGGGCGCUAUGGGCGUGGGACAAAUGGGACAGUCGGUGAAUCCUCAGCUGCCCCAGAAUCAACAGCAGGCGCAGCAGACGCAGCAGCAGCAGGUGCAGCAGCAGCAGCAACAGCAGCAGCAGCAGCAGCAGCAACAGCAGACGCAGGACAAGCUCGACAAUAUCUCCAAGGUGAAGUCUCUGGUUGGACCUUUGAGAGAGUCGUUGGCCAUAGCGCUGAAAACCGCCGCGCAGACGUUGCAUCAGAACAGCCUGGUCGACGUGGGGACCAUGAAGGGCAUCGAGCAGCCGGAUCAUCGAUUCAACAAGAACAUGGAGGAGUUCUAUUCAAUUUGCGACCAGAUAGAGCUGCAUCUCAAGACCUCCGUGGAGUGCCUGUCCCAGCACGCCAGCUCGAUGCGCUACAUGCCGAUGAACGUUAUAACGAGCCGCACCGACACGGUCAGCACGCAGGAGGGCCCGUCCGGACCGGCGUUGUCCUAUCCGCAGUUCCUGAUGACGGUGCACGCGCAAGUGAACUACGCGCGCGACAUUCACGACACUCUCAUGUCCUUCGCUCGCGCGAUAGCAUCCGGCGAGCAAUCACGCGCCGCCGUCGUGGGGAAGGGAUUAAUAAAUGUGCGCGUCGACGUCGCGAUGGACAACCCUAGCGGCGGACGAGACGGUCGGUACGCGAGCCUCGGCUACAGCAUGGGGAUGAUCGGGGGCGAUGCUGGCACGGAGAUCUACGGCCGACCGUCCACCUCCCAGCUCGCGGCGGCCGCGGCGGCGGCGGCGGCGGCUUCGCAGAUGGGCCGCGGCGGCGCCACCAUGAUGUCAGCCGCGGGCGCCGCGACGCCCGGCGUCGGCCCGGUCCAGCGGGGCAUCAAGCGCACCACCUCCGACGUCUGCUACGGCGGCGACGACGGCAAUAACCCCGCGGCGCGGCAGCAGCAGCAGUCGCUCUCGCAGGGCAUGCCCGCCGCCGGCAUGCCCGGCGACUGCGUGCCCGACAACCUCGACGAGUCCUUCACGAGUCUGGGCCAGCCGAAGAAGUCACCCCCGUCGAACGGCAAGAAGACCAAGGGCCGGGUUAAAAUUAAGAUGGAGUACAUCGACAAUAAGCUCCGGAGAUACACCACGUUCUCCAAGAGGAAGACCGGCAUUAUGAAGAAGGCGUACGAGCUGUCGACGCUGACCGGCACGCAGGUGAUGCUACUGGUAGCGAGCGAGACCGGCCACGUGUACACGUUCGCGACGCGCAAGCUGCAGCCGAUGAUCACGAGCGACGCCGGGAAGGCGCUGAUCCAGACGUGCCUCAACAGCCCGGACCCGCCGCCGUCGGGCUCGUCGGGCGACCAGAGGAUGUCGGCGACCGGGUUCGAGGAGACCGAGCUGACGUACAACAUCGCCGACGACGAGCAGAAAGAGGACGGCGCGUCGCCCAGAUCCGACGUCUGCGCCAACGAGAGCGACGGCGAGAGCAGCGACGGCGACUCCAAGGAUCCUCUCAAGAUCAAUCACUCGGGAAAUGUGCCUUCGUUCUCUGCAGGGAUUAUGUACCAGGUGCCUCAGAGCGUCAUUUAUUCGCCGAGUCCAGGGGUCUUGCUCGGCAUAGGACAAAACGGGCAACCGGUGCAAAUAUCUCAGGACGGAGUAGCACCGGUGGCGAACUCGUCGCAGUCGAACCAGCCGUUCAUCACGAUACCGCUGAACGUCGCGAUGAGCGCGGCGGGAUUGUCCUUACCGGUGACCUCCAGGAUAUCCUCCAGGUCGCCAACGACGACGACGACGACGACAUCCAAUAUAUUGAAAGACUAUCCUGACGUAGGGAAUAUUCUCCAAUGUCGUGUUGGGCGUUCGAAAAUUGUUGUUGAAGAAAGAUAA